AUGGUUUUUUUUUUGGCUGGCAUCCCGCAACCUUCUGUUACGAAUUCGUCGGUGCUGCCGGUUGUUGUUUUACGGACAGAGUUUCCAGACAGUGUUUCUGAACGGAAUUGUACGCCAUUCAUAUUCGUUGCUCUGACAUCGUUAUCAUAUUUAGUGGUCUCUUUUCUUACAUUUCCCCACAUUUCACAAACAUAUCGCGAUACCUCCCCUUGCCCGCUCACCUGUCGCGGUCCAUCCACCUUGCCAGUUGGUAAUUGUGGUUUCAGCGCCACAACCCACGCAUUGUUCCGCUUUUUCUCCCCAACGUUUUUGCUCUGGGGGUGA